UUUGCAACUAUGAAAGUCUGCAUUGCCACCAUGCUGCCUUAUAUCCUUCUUGUCUUCAUCUCAUCUGGUUUGGUGUUAUCCUUUGAGUGCCCGCCAGACUGUUCCUGUCCAACCCAGGGCUCAAUAUUCUGCAUUCAGAGACGGGCCAGCACUGUGCCGCGGGUACCCACCAACACCCAACAUCUCUACAUCUUCCAAAAUGGCAUCGACACUUUGGCCCAAGAUGACUUCAGAGGUCUGGGGGAGUUGGAGUUGUUAGAUCUCAGCCAAAAUGAGCUGGCAGAGGUUCCAGAUGGUGUGUUUGAGAUGCUGUCAAAGCUGAAGAACUUAGACCUGUCCUCUAACCACAUCACCCACAUUUCCAAGGAAAGUUUUUCUGGGUUGGUCCAGCUGGAGAGGCUAUAUCUCCAUUCAAAUCGCAUCCAGAGCAUCCAUAUGGAAGCUUUUGAUGGUUUAGAGAUGCUACUGGAACUCAAGCUCCAAGGGAACCAGCUCACCUCACUGCCAUCCCUUCAUUUCCCCAGUCUUCUGCUUCUAGACCUCAGCCACAACAAGAUCCCAACCCUGGGACCAUCAGACCUCCAGACUCCCCACUUGGAAGCCCUUAAGGUCGCCUCUCUAGGGCUUAUCUCUGUGGAUGAAGAUCUCAUAGCUUCCCUGGGGAAUCUCCAUGAGCUUGACAUCUCCAUGAACCACUUAACUGAGGUGCCCCAAGCCCUAAAACAGGACUCCCUCAAGGGAUUGAUCAAGCUCAGUUUGGCUGCCAACUCAUUGGGAGGGCUCAAGAAGGAGGACUUUCAGAAACUUACUGGGCUCCAAGAUCUGGAUCUCAGUGGAAUUAAUCUACAGGGAUUUCCCCAGGGUUUCUUCCAGACCUUCCCAAGGCUGACGCAUCUGACAGCAGCUGAGAACCCAUUCAAUUGCUUGUGUCCAUUAGCCUGGUUCCCCGCCUGGCUUAAAGAGAAGAAUGUAAAUCUUAUGAGACCUGAGGAAACCAGAUGUCACUUCCCCCCAGUUAAUUCUGGGAAGAAGCUCUCAGCACUGGAGCACAAAGAUUUUGGGUGUCCACCUACCACAACGGUGAUGAUUGGCUCCCCCGUUGGUAGUACUCCUGUUCCCCAGAUGCCCACCACAUCUCCAGGAGCCACCCAUACCAAUGCUAUUCCUCCUCCUCCUCCACCCAGUGAGCAAACCCCCUCCUCAAAAACAGACAGCUACCCCCUUCCACCAGAACCUCCAGUCUCCCCUAGCUCCACCAGUGGGGAACACGAGCAGCACAUUUGUCCAGCAAACAUCUGCCUCAAUGGGGGCACUUGUAAUUUUGACCCGUUGGGGCAACUAAGCUGUAUAUGUCCCUUAGGAACCUCAGGACCCUACUGUGAAAAUGUGGAUGAGGUUCCUGAGCCACCAAAACCUUCAACAAAAGAAGUGACUGUAGUUGACCCUGUGGUGCCUGCUGAGCUUGAUGCCAUCAGCUCACGCCAGGUGACCUCAACUUCUAUACUUCUUGACCUGCACCGCUUCAUCGAGACACGGCCACACAUCCGUGGUAUCAGGCUGACCUACCGUAACCUCUCAGGCCCUGACCGCCGCCCCAUUAUUCUGAGUGUGCCGGCAUCCUACCCUGAAUAUACUUUGCGUGGUUUGAGACCCAACUGCACCUACUCGGUCUGUGCCACUCCCCUAGGUGAGAGAAUGAACUCAAGGGUUAACAGCUCUGUAGAAACAGGGUCAUGUACAGAGGCUCGCACUGCAUGGGUUCCACUGACAUCCUCAGAGCCCAGAGUGGAGACACAGAGCCAGCUUACUCUUAUACCCCCUGUGGCUGGCCUGACACUCAUGCUGGGGUUGGCUCUGGUGAUUGGUACAAUCAUCUGUUUGCGGAAGAGGAGGCAGGCCAAGGCAGGAAUGGAGCUGGAACUGGGCCCUGCGGACUCUGAUCCCAUGGAACUGGAAGGGGUCAAGACCUGCCUAGAGAACGGGGGAAACGGUACGCUGCCCCACAAACAGGCUGAGAUUGAUCGUUGUCAUACUCCUCAGCCAGCUCCAUCUUUGCAACAAAAUGGGGGUUUGGACUAUGAAGUACCUUUGAUGCAAGGACACUGCCCAUCAAAUAACAAUUUAGCAUCCCUAAAGCCAUCUUAUUUCUAA